GGGAUUUCUAAAACAGAAAAAUCAAUAAAGCCGACAACAACAACAACAACAGCAACAACAGCAUGGUAGGAAAAACAUGAGGCAUCUUUCAGGUAAUGCUUCAGGAUUGCUUUAUGUGAGCAUAUAAAAGUGCUUGUAACUCAGAUCUCUGUAGCUGCCUCUGCUGACUUGCUCUUCUUGGUGACUGGGUUGGCUUGUUUUCUGCAAAGAUGUCUUCCUAUGGACAGAUGAUUAGCUCCCGCUGUGCUGAGCCAUGUGAAGUAACAUGCCCACAACCAUAUGUCAACUGUUGGAACGAACCUUGUGUCAGCUCAUGUGGAGACUCAAGAGCAAUCGUGUAUGCGCCACCCGUUGUCGUGACUUUCCCAGGACCCAUUAUAAGCUCCUGCCCUCAGGAAAGUUUUGUGGGAACUGCUCUUCCUGAAAUUGAGGGUCAGAAUGGCUCUGGAGGUGGAGGAAUGGGUUCCGGAGGUGGAAUUGGCUCUGGAGGUGGAGGAAUAGGCUCUGGUGGUUCCUGUGGUGGAGGCAGCUCCUAUGGGAUGGGCUCUCAUGGUUCAGGCGGCUCUUGUGGUGGCAUAGGAGGGGGCUCAUAUGGUGGGGAAGGCUCAUGUGGUGGUGGAUUCUCCCGUUUGGGAAACUUUUACCGAAACUCAUAUUUUUCAGGAUAUGGUAGAUAUUAUUCCCCCCUUUUUUCCAGAGGGUAUUAUAGAUAUCGCUAUGGAAAUUAUGGGCCAUUUUAAAUCUUUAAGAAAGGUUAAUGACUGGAGAAAUAGUAAAAUACAAACUAGUAGCUGACAUAGAGACCUGGAAAUCAGACAUGCCAAGCAGCCUCUGCUCCAGCCUAUGUCAGAGGAGCUGGGGUUGCUUGGGAUCUCAUUGCGCUUUAUCUAAGGCUUAUGGUCCCAAUGUUGCCUCACUUUGUCAUCUGCUCAUGUUAUGUUUUGUUUUUUCUGAACCUGAAGAGGGUAAACCAAGUAAUGGAAUUUGACUGUAAAAGCGUCCAGCUGAAAGAAGAACACCUUGUGAGCCCUGUGCUCCUCUGCAUGCAUGAUUGAUUAUAGCCCUUGUUUGAAAUGGAAAUUACAUUCUUUGUCUCUUCCUUGCCUCAUUCUGCAAGAAUGUAUUCCAGUCUUUGUUUGUA